AUGGCAAAACGAGACAUUUUUGGUCGGCGGGUCUACGUGCCUAAGUUUGGAGACAUUAGACGGCGGAUCAUAAGUGAGAGUCAUAAAACAAUGUGGGACAAGGUUGAGCAACAAAAACCAGGAGGACUUUUGGAGCCACUACCAGUUGCAGAACGUCCAUGGGAGAGUGUGACUAUGGACUUUAUCACUUGCCUACCGAAGUCCGGCGGUUAUAGUACUAUUAUGGUGGUGGUGGAUAGGUUUUCCAAAUAUGCCACCUUCAUGCCCGCCUCACCAGGUUGCACUGCCAAGGAAGCCGCCAAACUAUUCUUUAAGAACGUGGUGAACUAUAUAUUAUUAUGUAUUUCAGAGGAUUGUGAAUGGAGAUUUAAGGUUUCUAGCAUUAAUAAAUCACAAAUGUUCAAAGUGAGGGAGUUCAAUGAUAAGCAUACAUGUCCGUUGAAGGAUAAGGUGUAUGAGCAACGUCAAGCAAGUAGUAGCCUUAUUGGUGGUAUAAUUAGGUCCAAGUUUGCUAAUCAUAAAAGGAAAUACACCCCAAAGGAUAUAAUUAAUGAUGUGAAAUCAGACUUUGGUGUAGAUGUUAGUUACAUGUUGGCGUGGCGGGCUAAAGAAAAGGCAAUGAAUUUUUUGAGAGGUGAACCGGCUGAUUCCUACAAUAAAUUACCAGGGUACUUAUAUACACUGGAUAUGACAUAUCCUGGUUCGCAUAUUAGAAUGGGGUUCGAUCAUUAUAGACCCAUCGUGGUUGUGGAUGGCAUCCACCUAAACUUGGCAUACACAGGGACAUUCGUCUCGGCUAGCACGUUGGAUGGUGCGGGUCAAAUAAUGCUACUAGCAUAUGGUAUUGUUGAUUCAGAGAACGAUGUUGCUUGGUCGUGGUUCUUUGAGCAAUUCAAGGAAGCAUGUGGUCAGAGGGAAAACAUGUGCAUUAUUUCAGAUAGGAAUAAGAGCAUCAUCAAAUAUGUAUCGAGAGUGUAUCCUACGGUGCCCCAUUUUGCUUGUAUAUGGCAUCUAUGGAACAGCGUAUAUAAGAAAUUCAAAAAGAUUCAUUCAAAGUUGAGCGAGAUAUACUUCUCGAUGGAAAAAGCAUACACUCAGGAUGAAUUUGAUAGUCUAAUGGAAAAGAUGGAGAAGGUAGAUAUUCAGGUGAAAGAAUACUUGGAAUUAGCUGGAUACGAAAAGUGGGUUAGGUUGUAUGCACCUGUUAACCGGAGAUGGACCAUAACGUCAAAUAUUGCUGAAUCAAUCAAUACCGCACUUAUUGUACCUUCGAGUGAACACUUGCAUAUGGUGAACGAUGAAGGAAGGCAUUACAUCGUUUGCCUCCUACAGAAAGGGUGCAGUUGUGGGCGAUUCCAAGUUGACGAAUUACCAUGCCCACAUGCUUGGGCUGUAUUGAAAAGCAAGUUUCUAAUGCCAGGAGAUUAUUGCCCAAACUAUUACAAACCAAAGUCUGUUGUAAUGACAUACGAGGUGCCCGUGUAUCCGUUGCCUUACCGAAAUGAAUGGAAUAUAAAAGCACAUAUAUCAGAGGAAGUUGUCUUACCACCCAAAUGGAAAAGACCUUCUGGAAGGCCAAAGAAGAAUCGCGAUAAGUCGUUCAGUGAAUUGUUGUAG